GGAGGGGGCUCUGGUCCUGUCCUCCACUGACAAGGGCGCUAAUCUCAUCCUGGCCGUGUCACCCUCGUGACCUCACCAAACCCUGCUCCCCUCCCAGAGGCCCCCAGCACACCCCGCACUGUCGGUUAGGGCUUCAGCACGAGCUUGGGGGGACGCAGAAAUUCAGUUCACUGCACUUUGUGACAGUCCGUGGAGGGUGUAACAGUUUGCCCCGUUUGUCAGUUUUUGACGUUCAUUGUUGAGCUGGCUUCAGGUGCGGACCCUGGACGUCUGCUCCCCCGCACACACCUGCUGCCGCACCUACACCGCAGCUGCCGCCUUGUGGGCAUGCGCGCUGCGGCCGCAGGCCUUCACUUGGCUCCGAGCGAAAGUGCACCCCUUCCUGCCAAGCUUCUGUGUCUCCACACGCUGCCUCUUAACUGUCGACUUGCAGGCCAGAGUGGCAUCUCGUCUUCAUUGGCCCCUGGUUGCUCGUGACACCGACCCAUUACACGCUUAUUUGCACUGUCCUUCCUGUCCAGAAAUUGCCGACCCACCUCUGAUACUUAGAUGUCCAGAGAGCUCUGAGCUUGCGGCGUUUGCUGGCUGUGUGCCUCGGCCCCAGGCCAGCUGAUGUCCAGGACCCUGUUUGGCAGCAGCGAGGCCCCACCAUGUCCAGGCCCCGGACCCCAGAGCCAGCCCUGGACGUGCAGGGAGACUCCCCAAAGGGCAUGAGAGACGAGGACAAUGACGACGGGACCCAGCACUCCCAUCGCAUGCUCAACUUCAGCGAUGCACUGCUGUCCAUCAUCGCCACCGUGAUGAUCCUGCCUGUGACCCACACAGAGAUCUCCCCGGAGCAGCAGUUUGACAAAAAUAUACAGAAACUUCUGGCAACCAGGAUUGCUGUCUACCUGAUGACGUUUCUCAUCGUGACCGUGGCCUGGGCAGCACACACGAGAUUGUUCCAGGUUGUUGCGAAAACAGACGACACACUUGCCUUGCUCAACCUGGCCUGCAUGAUGACCAUCACGUUUCUCCCGUUCACAUUUUCCUUAAUGGUGACCUUCCCUGAGGUGGCCCUGGGGAUCCUGUUGUUCUGCGUGUGUGUGAUCACCAUUGGGGCUGUGCAGGUGCUGAUCGUCCUGUACGCAUUCCACUUCCCCCACCUCCUCAACCCCCAGAUCGCGCGCUCCGCCCACCGUGCCCUGUACCGGCGGCAUGUCCUGUACAUUGUGCUCCGGGGCCCAGCGCUGUGCUUCGCAGCCGCGGGCUUCUCCCUGUUCUUCUACCCAGCGUCAUACCUGCUGAUGGCAACGGUCAUCUUCCUCCCCUACAUCCACAAGGCCGCCAGCUGGUGCCGACGCAGGCUCAUGGGCCCCCGGGAGCCCCCAGCGCACAGCGUGGAGGUCUUCUCUUUUGACCUGCAGGAGCCUCUCAGCAAGGAGCGGGUGGAGGCCUUCAGCGACGGGGUCUACGCCAUCGUGGCCACGCUCCUCAUUCUGGACAUCUGUGAGAACAACGUCCCGGAUGCCAAGGACGUGGCAGAGCGGUUCCACGGCAGCCUGGUGGCGGCGCUGAGCGCGUCGGGGCCACGCUUCCUGGCCUACUUCGGCUCCUUCGCCACUGUGGGGCUGCUCUGGUUUGCCCACCACUCGCUCUUCCUGCACGUGCGCAAGGCCACGCAGUCCAUGGGGCUGCUGAACACGCUGUCGCUGGCCUUUGUGGGCGGCCUCCCGCUGGCCUACCAGCAGACCUCGGCCCUCGCCCGGCGGCCCCGCGAUGAGCUGGAGAGCGUGCGCGUCAGCUGCGCCAUCAUCUUCUUCGCCAGCGUCUUCCAGCUCGCCAUGUGGACCGCGGCGCUGCUGCACGGCCCGGACACGCUGCAGCCAUCAGCGCGCUUCGGCGGCGGCGAGCACGCCUUCAUGCUGGCCAAGCUCGCACUGUACCCCUGUGCCAGCCUGCUGGCCUUCGCCUGCACCUGCUUCCUGAGCCGCUUCAGCGUAGCCAUCUUCCACCUCACGCAGGUCGCUGUGCCCUUUGCCUUCCUGCUGUUGCGUCUGCUGGUGCGCCUGGCCCUGCGCCUGCUGCGGGCACUGCCGAGCCUGGCGGGGCCGGCCCCUGAUGCCCAGGACGCCGCUGCGCGGGCCCCGCUACUCCCUGCACCCUGCUAGUGCCCCAGCCGGAGCACAGGGUCCGGGGGUGGCUGCCCCUUGGGGAGACUGUUCACUGCUCUUCCACAGUCCCACAGGGACUCGGCUUUGUGGCAGUGCAUAGCCCCUCUCCUGGGCCACACUGGACAGUCCAGGGGUUCCAGGGACAGCUGAGGCCCAGCAGGAACCCUUGGCCUUGUUCUUGGGGGCCACAUAGGCAGCGGUGCAGCCCCUCCCAGGAGCCAGCCCAGCCCACCUGCCCACCCACCCCACACGCACAGCUCCGUGGGGGCUGCUGGUCUGCAAGCCCCCCUCCCCACGCACUGGCCUUGGGCACAAAGAGGAGUGAGACACGUGGACAGUGAUGCCCAGGCUGCAUUUGUCGAAGAUAUAAGUUAGGGCACAUUCAGGAGGCGUGGCUACACGGGAGGACACGUGCAGGCCCAGGCCCUACCUGGGCACAGGACAGCUUGCCCCAAGCAUGGUUUACAGCAAGUCCUGCAGAGACUGAUUACACCGCCGGCCGAGGCGUGAGGAGGCACACGACCGCCAAAAGCUGUUCAGUGCAGUUGUCAGUGUGAUUUUGGCAGAAGCUUGGGGGCAUGGCUGGGUGGGCCGCGGCUCAGCGCAAAGGCCCUUGGGGUGCCGGGGCCCCGCCCUGCCAAAUGGCACCAGCAGCCAAGGGACAGACGAUGGGAUGGGGUGCAGAUGUCCUGGGCACAUUGUAAAGGUUUGCUCAGGUUCCACCUGGGGUCUGAGACGAGGCUGGGAGUGGCUGGCCCAGCAGCCACGUCCCCUGUCACCAGGUGUCCAUGUGAGAAAGCUCUGACUGUAAGUCCUGUCUGCUGGGCAGACCUGGGGACCGCCGUGUCGCUUGUUGGCCUUGGUCAUUAAAGCUGGCUGGUGCACACCUCU